AGUAAGUUCGGUUAGUCUUUGCCUUCUUCUUCUAGCGCCUAGGUUACUUCCCAAGGACGAUCAAGAUUUUCGUGAAAGAAGGACAAUUUCAUGCUGGGAGAUGGCUAGGCAAUUGUGCAUUGUGUUAGCGGUGCUGAUUAUGUUUGUAGACGUCACCAGCGCGCGCAGCGUCAUGGAGGAGAAGAAAGAAUGGCGGCAAUGCUUCUGUCCACGCUACGAGCCGUACAACUCUAUUUGCCCAUCUGAGUACCACUGCUACGGCGUCCAGUGUGAAUGCGUCACCUGUGGCUGCAACCCCCCUCGUGGCACACCCUGGGGUCCGUACCCGACCUCUAAAAACACCGACUCCCUCUAUCAACACUACAUGGUGAACUACCGCAGAGACCAGGCUGGCAUUGGAGCCAACUUCUCCCCGCAUCCAGCAAGACCGUAUAGCAAUGCACGCCCCGCUGACGACGACUACUACUGGAGACAAAUGUUGUACUUGAAUAUGCUCCGUUUUCGCGACAGCAGGCCUAACUAGAGGGUUGCCGGUAUUAUAGAUCUCAAACGUCCUGGCGGAAGAUUUUUCAUAAUAUAUAUCACAAUCGGUGCUUUGGUGCGAACGUAAGCGGCAGACGCAAUACGUAGAAUGUAUGUCUAUUAGGGGAACCUGUAUUUCCAUUAAGAAAACUAUUAUACAUGACAGUCAGACCAUUCAACGAGAUGCUGACGCCCACUCCACUGUGUUUUCUUUGAAGUAUUUUAGAGUUAAGGACUAAAAUUGUAACAAAUUGACUGUGACAGCAUAUGGAGCAUCCUGUAUUUCAGGAAAAUGAUAUUUUCAUAGUUUCGGAGCUGAAAUACGCCUGAUAAAAACACGCUUGAGCUCAUUGUAUUAGAUAGCGCUUAAUUGCCUUCAUGCUAUCAUGUACUAUACUUAAAUGGUUGUUAAAAGCUUAUCACGCUGUGAAAACAAUGCAAUUUUACGGCAACAUUCAUCCCAAAUCACUCAAUUGGCGAUUCCUUACGUGAGUUAACAGUUAUUUUAAUUCAGCCGACAGAAACCUAACCGAAGAGUUUAUUACCUAAGGCUUAGCUGUACCUUGUCACAUUCGUCUUUGUCUUAUACAGUAGAAAUAAGAAAACUUCAAGUUGGAAAAUGAGUAGGCAGUUGCUCAUUGUGUUAGCGGUGCUGUUUGUGUUUUGUUGCCAAGCGAAAUUGUUUUGAAUGGAUGUUCAUGAGAGUGUUGUUGUCAAGACGUGCAGGUGGAUUGCAAAGUACUUAGUUAAUCCUAAAUUAAUUUCUUUUUCAGUCCGACGACCAAAGUAAAAACUAAAAUUCCCGAGUUGAAAAUGAUGUGAAUGUGACCCCACUUAAUGAAGGACUUUUGUCACGCGUAACUAAGAGACACCUUAGUUGUUAGAACAUCACUGUUCACUGUUCCAGUACAAUA